AACCAGUGAGGAGGGGCGAAGUGCAGUAGCCUACCAUCAUCCAGCAAGGCUCCACAUGAGAUUGUCAGUCAUGGGUCCCUUUGAGAAGAUCAGGCAGUACUGUACAGUUACGCGAGUCCAGUGGAUCUGAACCCCUACAUGGCAUUUUCAACAGCCAACUGAGGACUAUAUUUGGAGAUGAUUACUGUUCGUUUCGAGUGCGGUGUGAAGUCACCCGUCCAGGGUGAGAUGUUCUUCCUGUCCAAAUGAGCUCAACUAUGUGGUACAUCAUGCAAAGCAUUCAAAGUAAAUAUUCUCUGUCUGAGAGGCUGAUAAGGACGAUUGCUGCCAUCCGCUCAUUUCCCCAUGACAAUGUUGAAGACCUUAUACGCAAGGGGGCAGAUGUCAACCGAAUGCAUGGCACUCUGAAGCCUCUUCAUUGUGCUUGCAUGGUGGCGGACGCUGACUGCGUUGAGCUUUUGCUGGAGAAGGGAGCUGAGGUAAAUGCCUUGGAUGGGUAUAAUCGCACAGCGCUGCAUUACGCCGCAGAGAAGGACGAGAGCUGUGUGGAGCUACUACUGGAGUACGGUGCCCAGCCUAACGCACUGGAUGGCAACAAGGAUACGCCCCUACACUGGGCUGCCUUCAAGGACAACCCAGAGUGUGUGCGGGCCCUGCUGGAGAGCGGCGCCUGCCCCAACGCCCGCGACUACAACAGCGACACGCCGCUCAGCUGGGCCGCCAUGAAGGGCAACCUGGAGAGCGUGCGCGUGCUGCUGGAGUACGGCGCCCAGGUGCACGUCACCAACCUGAAGGGCCAGACUCCCAUCUCGCGGCUGGUGGCCCUGCUGGCGCGCGGCCUGGGCACGGAGCAGGAGGAGGAGUGCCUGGACCUGCUGUGCCGGGCCGCCGGCCUCUUCCAGAUCCGCCGCGCCGACGGCUCGUUGCCCCGCGAGCUCACCAAGGAUCCCCAGCUGCUGGCCCGCCUCACCGGCAUGGUGUCCCAGCCACCGAGCCUGCGGGCGCUGGCCCGCUGCGCCGUCCGCCAGAGUCUGGGCGUGCAGUACCUGCCUACAGCUGUCAAGCAACUCCCACUACCUGAGUCUGUCAAAGAGUAUGUACUGCUCAGAGACUGACAGCCCACAGGCUUGCUCAGGAAUAAGCAGUACAGUAGAAAUAGCAGUGCAGUGAGUGGGGGAGAGAGACUGCUUAUAGUACAGUGUAAAGGAGCUAUUGGUUGUAUUUAUACAAUACUGAAAAAGAAGUCUAUUGUUCAUUCUGUUGAAAUGGUGUGAUGGCAAGUGUCUGUGUCUAGUCAGAUGUUGUAUGCGCCUACAAGGUGAGUGACUCAAGUGCUUCCAACUCUCUUCUCCUGAUCUCAGUAUGUGAUCCUGCAUCGAUAUGGAUGCAGUCAUGAGAAAGAUAUUUAAAGGUAUGCACAUUUAUUUUUGAAGAAUAGCAAUUUGUUAUCUGAUAUAAUCAAAUGUUCAUGGAUACAUAGGAAAAUUGUCUUUUUAGCUAAAUUUGGAUUAUCCCUCUCCCAAAAAUUAUUUUUAGUAUAUGUGCUGCCGAAGAGCGCACCCAAUAAUUAUCAUUUUAAGUGGCACAGACGGCUCCUCUAUUUCAGAAAGAAUUUCUAUGUUAUAGCACUUGAAGUUAUUACUUGCGAAUGCUCGUAAUUCAUAUGUUGCUGUGUAUAUAUAUCGCAGAUCAUGGAAGAUGGUCAAUUUUUUGGUCAGGUAAUUAUUCUUUAAGCAUGCGUGCAGUCUUUUAAAUUUAAAUAAAUUGUAUUAUUUUCUGUGACAUAUUUUAGUAAUGUUAAUACAUUUUUUGUUUCCUCUGGUGCUCAUAGGAAUAAUGAUAACAAUGUUGUCACAAUGUAAAAAAAUAUCUUCUCUGCAAAACAUGUAUCGUUUUGACUACUUAUUUCCUACUGUGUUCUCAAACAGUUUAUUGGAUAUCUUAAAUGGAUGAAUGUGAGAUUGGAAGAAUGGCAUGGUUUUUGAAUAAUCUUAAAUAAUCUUAACUGUCUGAAAUGUAGCUUCAUCUUUGGUAUCUGGCCUAAAGUAUUCUCUGUUGCUUUUUCUUUGUUUCUUUGCUGCUACUUUCUUUUCAUUUGCAGUAACUGUUGACAUGUUAUGUUUGGACAAGAACUUAACUCAAGCAUAUAAAAUUACUUCAUGGUAAAUUCAGCUAAGAAGAAAUUAGUCAAAUGUACAGUCAACCGAAAAGUGCAUUCUUCUUUUGUUAUACUGAAAGUAAAAGUCUUUCCACUUGUCAUAAUCAA